UAGUAUGGCUGCAGCGGUGGGAUGCUGCUGGAACUAGAACAGACCUGAACGGAGCAUCCACACCAGCACCAUUCCCAAAAACAGGAAGCCGCCUGCCUUUUUAAAACUGCCCUCGAUUAGAAGCAGAGAGAGAGAGGGAGAGAGAGAGAGAGAGAGAGAGAACAGGAGGAGAACAUUCAGAGCUCAGUCGCGCUGUGUUUUCACACGGAAAGCUUCUCUCCCCGGAGGAAAUAAAGGAUAGCUGAUGUGGUUUUCCACACGCACACUUACACACAUGAAGGACACAAAGAAUCAGCGUGCACAAUGGCUCACUUUAAGGACGUAGCUGUGAAAAAGACCACGUCUCUGAAUCUGGUGACGGGAUUCUUUCAGUAUCUUCGCGAUGAACAGGAGUCGGUGCAGAAAAGAACUUUCACAAAGUGGAUUAAUUCACACUUGGCCAAGCACAAACCUCCUUUUGAAGUCAACGAUCUCUUCGAGGACAUCAAGGAUGGGGUGAAACUGCUGGCUCUGCUCGAGGUGCUGUCUGGCCAGAGAUUACCAUGCGAACAGGGCCGCCAACUCAAAAGGAUCCACUGGGUGUCUAACAUUGGCACAGCUCUAAAGUUCCUGGAGGGAAGGAAGAUCAAACUAGUCAAUAUCAAUGCUACUGAUAUUGCUGAUGGACGCCCGUCAAUUGUCUUGGGGCUGAUGUGGACCAUUAUCCUCUAUUUCCAGAUUGAGGAGCUGACCAGUAACCUCCCAGCCCUUCAGGCUUUAUCCAGCAGUGCGUCUUCAGUGGACAGCAUGGCCAGCUCUGAGACCGGAAGCCCACCAAUGAAACGCAAGGUGGUCACCAAGUUUCAGGGCAAUGCCAAAAGAGCUCUGCUCAGAUGGGUCCAAAACACAGCAACCAAGCGUCUUGGGAUUGAAGUUAAAGACUUUGGUGCUAGUUGGCGUAGCGGCGUAGCCUUCCAUUCUGUUAUUCAUGCCAUUCGGCCAGAACUCGUGGACAUGGACGUCGUGAGGAAAAGAAGCAAUCGAGAAAACCUGGAAGAGGCGUUCAGUGUAGCAGAGAAUGAGCUGGGAAUACCACGCUUACUAGAUCCUGAAGAUGUGGAUGUGGACAAGCCUGAUGAGAAAUCCAUAAUGACCUAUGUAGCUCAGUUCCUGAAGCACUACCCAGAUCCCCACCAGUCUGAGACAGAUGGACAGCAAGAGGAGUAUGAUCCACAAGAUAUUGAGCUAAUGCUUGAGCGAGAGGAACGCAAGGUGCUGAGAGAGGUGAAGAUCUGGCUGGAUCAGCUGGAGAGAGAUGUACUGCGGGCACAGGGAUCUGAAGAGAGUCUCACUGACAAAUAUCAGGCCUUUAAGAGCUUUCGUGUGCAGUAUGAGAUGCGAAAGAAGCAGAUCGAGUCUCUCCUGCAACCGGUGCACAGGGACGGAAAACUCUCAGUGGACCAGGCCGUGGUCAAGCAGUCCUGGGAUCAUGUGUCCGUCAGGCUCUUAGACUGGCACAUCCAUCUGGACAAAUCUUUGCCUGGUCCUCUGGGAGUGAUCGGGGCCUGGCUGCAUCGGGCAGAACUUUCCCUGAGAGAGGACGUCCCGAUUCAACAGGCCCACGAAGAGACGGCCAACAUCAUCCACAGAAAACUGGAGCAGCACAAGGAGGUGUUAAAGAACUUGGAGGGACACAGACAGACAUUUCAGCAGAUUCACAGAGACCGAUCGGUAAACGGUGUACCGGUACCACCAGAGCAGCUUCAGGACAUGGCAGAAAGGUUUAAUUUCGUGACCACGUCAUCUCACGUCCAUCUAAUUAAAUUCGAGUUCUGGGAGAUGAAGUAUCGCCUCAUGGCAUUUCUAAUGCUGGCGGAGUCAAAGCUCAAAUCAUGGAUCAUUAAAUACGGCCGGCGGGAUUCAGUGGAGCUCCUCCUGCAAAAUUACAUUGUGUUCAUUGAAGGUCACAAGUUCUUUGAGCAAUAUGAAACCACUUUCCGCACCCUGAAACAGGCUGCAGACACCUACUUGAAAUCUGGGACUUCAGAUGGCAAAAUCACCAAGAGAGCUGAAGAGGUUGAGGGAGUGAAUAAGUUUCUGAGCGAUGCAACAGCACAGUGGAAAAACCUCUCCGUGGAGGUGCGCAGCGUCCGCAGCAUGUUGGAGGAAGUGAUCUGCAACUGGGAGAAAUACAGCAGCACAGUGGCCAGCCUGCAAGCCUGGCUGGAGGAUGCAGAAAAGAUGCUCAACCAAUCAGAGAGCGACAAACGGGAGUUUUUCCGGAAUCUUCCUCACUGGAUUCAGCAGCACAUGGACAUGAACGAUGCUGGGAACUUCCUGAUCGAGACGUGUGAUGAGACCGUGUCCAGAGAACUGAAACAGCAGUUGCUGCUUCUCAACGGCAGAUGGAGAGAGCUGUUUGUCAAAGUCAAACAUUAUGCAAGAGCAGACGAAGUGGACAAAUUGAGGAAGGAUUAUGAUGACGGGAUUGAAGCUUUAAAGGCGUUUAUUGACACGGCCAAUGAAAGGAUGAACACUCCCGUUCAAGUGUCUUUUCUCAACAUACGGACAUAUCUACAAGACGUUGAGGACAUCAAGCACAAAGUGCCCUCCAUGGAGGCGGCCUAUAAGACGGCCACACGCAACGCACAGCAGCUGACCAAAGACCUUUCAGAGGACGAGAUUGCACACAUGCUGAAUAACAUGACAAACAUCAAGGAUGAGCUCAGCAAGAUAAGAGAGAGAGCUCUGCCCCUGCUGAGGGACUCGCAGGCCAUGCUGCCUCCACUGGAGGAGAUGGAGAAAAAUAUCACUGGGUUCUACCAGUCGCUGGAGAAGGCCAGCCGCAUCACUUCCUCUCGGGACUCAGAAGCUCCAGGAGACUUCACGCAGAAGUGUCAGGAGCUGGUGACCUAUCAGCAGAGCUGUAAAAAGUGUCUGUCAGUGAUUGAUAAAAACCAUCAGGUUAUUCUGAAGUCACUGGACACCAGUAAGAACCUCAAGCACCUGGACACAUCACUGCUGGAGAGGAGAAUCACUGAGCUUCAGGCUUCUUCACAGGGCAUGGUGAAAGAAACCACAGAAUGGAAGCAGCAUGUGGAGGCGAACAGCAGCCUUAUGAAGAGAUUCGAGGAGUCUCGUGUGGAGCUGGAGAAAGUUCUCAAAAUAGCUCGCAGCUCGAUGACUGAGAGAGGAAACCCAGAGGACCUUCUGAAAAAGCACACUGAGUUCUUCGGUCAGCUGGAUCAGAGAGUUCUCAAUGCGUUUCUGAAAGCCUGUGAUGAGCUGACAGAUAUUCUGCCAGAGCAAGAACAGCAGAAUCUACAGGAAACAGUCAGGAAGCUGCACAAACAGUGGAAGGACGUCCAGACAGAAUUUCCCUAUCACCUGCUGCAUCUGAAGGUGGAUCUGGAGAAGAGUCGCCUGAUGACAUCACUGCAGGAGUGUCAGGCCGAACUGGCCCGCGAAAACCGCAGUUUGCCCAGUGUCGGCAGCGAGAGGUUAAUUAAAGAGCACCGAAUGUUUUUUAAGGAAAAGGGUCCACAGGCUCUUUGUGAGAAGCGGUUACAGCAUAUGGAUGAACUGUGCUUGAAGCUCCCGGAAAGCCAACAGGCUCAACAAACCCUGGUGAUCGCCAGAACAGCAUUUGCAGAGGUCAAAGAGGAGAUUGACAGCACACACCAGAGACUAAUGCAGCACCCGGACAAGUGGAAGGAGUUUAACACCAGGUUUUCUGAACUCUCUGCUUGGGUUACAUCAAAAGAAAGUCAGCUCAGACUUUUGCGAAACAGAGCUGGAGAUCCCAGCAAGUUUGGACAAGUCAAGUCCACCAUUGAGAGUCUGAGGAACGAUGCUGAACUGCAGGAGGGGAAUGUGAGCUGGUUGAAGAACCGUUUGGCUGCUCUGAUCGAGAUCUGCACAGAAAGUGAUGCUCAGAGGCAGGGAGCCGCUCUCAGCAAACUCUCCAAUGACUUCAAGGGUCUCCUCAUCUCCCUUUCUGAGUCCGAGAAGGUGGUGCUGGCGGUCAGCGACUGUGUGCAGUUCAGAGAAGAGGUGAAAACCACACUGGAGGAACUGACUCAGGGUCAGAAGGAGCUUCAGUCUGACAACAGCAAGAUUCUGGACUCAGAGUCAGUCAGAGAAGCUCAACAACUCUUGCUGCUUCAUCAGCAACAGCUGAAGCGCCUCCGGUUGAAGAGGAAAGACAUGCAGGAGCAGAUAAACCGCGGAAAGCAGCUGCAGAUCGAGGAGGGUUUGGAAGAGAGUUUACAGGAUGACCUGCAGAAGCUAGAGUCCACUCUGAAGAAAAUGGAUGAAAACACUGAGUCACAGGAAAAGAAUCUGGAGGUGACUUUAUCAGCCUGGCAGGAGUUUGAUGCUCAGCAGGCGUCAGUGAGGGAGUUUGUGGGUAAAGUGCGAUCCGUCACAGAGAGAGAGAUGAACUUCAGCAGUCCAGAGAGCCUGAGCUCAGAGCUGGAGCAAACCAAGGAUCUCCUGAAACAGUGUGAAACGGAGGUCAGACAGGUGAACACACUUCUGAAAAGGGCCACAGAAAUCCAACUGGGCCCCAAAAACCAGUCUCUUCUUCAGGAUCAAGCACGAGCUUUGAGCGAACAAGUGGACAAAGUAGAGAAAGGACUCAAGCGAGAUGUGAAGACUUUGGAGGGAAUGAAAAGUCAGUGGGAUUUGUUCGGGAGUGAGUUUGAAGCGUUUUCCUCAUGGAUAAUGGAGAGAGAAAGAGAAAUGGAUGCCUUAAAAAGCUCCAGCAUACCUUUGGACCAGCAGAUCUGUACUGUACAGACCAUCAGAGACGGUCUGCAGGAGAGAUCAGAGGUCCUGUCUAAUCUGGAGGAAAAGUCUCAAUCGCUCGUCCAGUUUGUGUCAUCUGGCGAAUCUGCACGAAUCAAAGCCCGGCUGACACAGAUCGGCAGAUACUGGGAGGAGCUUAAGGAGAGUGUGGACCACCUGAGUGGACAGCUGGAGGAAAGCUCCUCCCACCAGACUAAGUUUAACUCCAAUCUACAACAGGUACAAUCAGAAGUUGAAGAGAUCCAGAAGAAACUUGACAACCCCGUCACCUCCUGCAUAUCUUCAUCCGAGACCUACAAAACUCUACAGAGUCACAUGGAUGUGUUUCAGAGUCUGGAGAAGCUGAAGGCCACGCUGCUGUCUCUGUCUGCUGGCGCCCGCAGGCUCAGCGAGAGGGAGAAGGCAGAGAGAGCCGUGGCGGCCCUACAGCAAAACUAUGAGCAGUGUUUAAAACAGGCCAAGGAGAAACAGAACCAAACCGAGAGCCUUCUGUCACACUGGCAAAAGUAUGAAAAGGAUUGGUCUGCACUGAAGUCAUGUCUGGAGAGAUGUGAAGCUGCGUGUGGCCCUGACAGUCAGUCUCUGCCAGUCGACAAACUAAAGCUGGAUGGAGAAUUGCUGGAACUAAAACACCUGCAAACUGAGCUUGAGUCCCUGGAGGUAGUUUAUAACAGACUCGGGGCCCAAACACCGUCCCUUUACACCACUGCAUCAGAUGAACGCGUGAAAACACUCAAAGAAGACCAUCAACAGCUGGAGAAAAGAUGGAUGUGUCAGACAACAGCUAUACCUCACAGAAUCCAGGUCCUUCAGCAGCAUCUGUCCCAGGUUGAUCAGUUUGAUCAGGCUCUUCAGAAGUUUUUCAAAUGGGGAGAGUCUUUUCUGUCUUCUCUACACUCCUCCUCUCACACUGAUAUCACUGAUCUUCAGCCUUCCACCAAUGAUAUCAAGGAAAAAAGAGAAGCUCUCCUAAAGCAAAGCAUCGUCCGGCAGAAUCUUCAGCAGCAAACUAAAACCCUGUGUGACGUUUGUGAGCCAGCUGAAGUCCAGCAUCUUCAGGGAAGGUGGGAGAGCUCCUUACAGCCGUACCUGGAGGCCCAUCAGCUGGUUGAACUUCGAGGAGAGAGUUUGGAGAAACUGGAGGCCUUUCUACACACCCACAGUGUGGCAGCGGGCGUUCUCCAGGGCCUCAGACAGACCGUGGAGAGCGCUGGGAGUUGGGAUAAAAGCCGGGUGGAAGAGCUGCAGAGAGAGCUGGAAGCCAUCGUUCCGGAUAUCAGCCGCCUUGAAACGCUCGCCGUGAAUUUGGACGGCAACCUGUGUAAAUCUCACCUGCACUUAAUGAGCGGGAAAGAGACACGGUCCUCGUGUCGUUCACUGGCUGACUCCUUGAGCGCUGAAUUGGACGCCGUGAGAAACCUACUGGGCUCCAAACAAAGCGAAGCUGAGGCUCUCGGUGCUCUUUGGAGCUCCUUCAGACAGCGUAAAGAACAGCUGCUGAAAACUGUGGAGGAUAUUGAGGAGAAGGCGGAUCAACAGGGCCUGAAGGAGCCCAAUGUGCUUACUCUACAGCAGAGGCUUCGGUUUUUCAAUCAGCUGGAAGAUGAGCUCCAGUCUCACCAGCAUGAGGAGCAGUGGCUCAGGGAUAAAGGUCAACAGCUCGCUCACAGAGAUGCUGAGCUGGGCAGUGAAGUGCUAAGAGAGAUUAACCUGCUUCAGACUACCUGGGAGGACACUAAGAAACUCAUUACUGAGAGACAAGAGCAAAGCAGUGCUUUAGUAGACCUCAUGAAAGACUACCAGACUCUGAAGUCUUCAAUAAACUCCAUUUUGGAAAGCGCUGAUGCAAUAGCCGAUAUUAAAUCUGUCCUGAAAGAUCAAGAGGACACGCGGAGAUCCUUGUUGAAGCAUGAAGCUGUAAAAGCAGACAUGGCCAGUCACCAGGAUGUACUAGACCGAUUCUCCAGUAAAGGGAAGAAGCUUUUAAGUGAAUUAAACAAGAUCCCUGAUUGUGACACACAGAUUGUGAAGACAGAAAUAGAUGCUACAGUGGACCAGUGGCUUGAUGUGUCCGAAAAAAUCGAGGACAAUCUGGAAAGUCUCAAGAGGAGUUCUGCUCUGUGGGUGGAAAUCUACGAUAUCAAUGGAGAAAUCGAAAGCUGGUCCAACAGCUCGGUUAUGGAUCUUACAGAUGGACUCAAUAACUUCAACGAUAGCCAGAAAACCGCACACAAACUCUCUGAAGUCAAGGUGGAUGUUGGCCUGAAAGAAAAGAAGAUUGAUGCUUUACAAGAGAAAGUUUCCGAGAUGAAGCAACUCUGUGGUGGACAAGAUGUCCCCGCUAAACUACAGGUCAUGGAGACGGACCUCAGAAGGAAACUUAAUAGCAUUGAAGAGUUAUGUGAUCAAGCCAAGAACAACCUCCAAGAUUUCUGCUGUCAGAAGAAGCAGCUGGAGGAUUUCCUCAGCCAGAUGUCUGAGUGGCUGAUGAGCGUUGAGAGAUCUUUGGUGGAUUCACCGUGUGGAACGGCUCCUGAAGAGAUCUGCAGAGUCAAGGAGAUCCAAAAGGAGCUUCAGAACCAGCAGGCGAGCAUUGAUUCAGCCCGGGAAAGCUUGAACACGCUUUGCAGGAAAUACCCAUCUGAGGAACUAGCUGGUCUAGGAUCUUCCCUAACCGACCUCAUCAAGAAAUAUGAAACAGUCAAUCAGAUCUGUGUAAAAAGGCUCGGGUCCAUGCAGCAUGGCCUCCAGCAGCACUUUAAUGAUCUUGUGAAGGAGUUUCAUACGUGGCUCUCAGGACAGAAAGACAUUGUGAGAGAAUGUGCAGACCAUUCGGGUGAUAUGAGCGUGGUGGAACGCAAACUGCAGAAACUGAAGGGAGCUCUGGAGCGGGUGGAGGAUGGAGACGACCGUCUAACACUGGUCUGUACAGAGGGAGAGAAGCUUCUUCUGCAUCUCCCCAAAGCCAGCGCCGGUCAGGUUCAACAGAGCCUCUCCUCCAUCCAGCAGGACUGGGACAGUUAUGUGGAGCAGUGCAGACAGAACCAGCAGAACCUGGAGGACAGCGCCAGUCUGCUCAGCGGGUUUGACGGCCGUCUGCAGAGACUGAGCCGCUGGCUGGAACGCAUGGAUGUGAAGAUGAGCACAGAGCUGCCAGAAGGAAGACAUGGCGAUCAGGAGAGAGUCACGCUGGAGCGGGUGGAAGAAUUCCAGCAUGAAGUGCUCAAAGAGAGGGACUCGUUUGAGGGUCUGUGUCAGGAGGCUCAGGCUCUCAGUGAAGGAGGUCACGGCAGCGGGUCAGAGGUCAGAGCGUCUGCGCAGCUGCAGCACCAACAUCAGUCUCUGCUAAAGGCUGCACGGGAACGGCUGCGCGUCUGUCAGCUCAGCAUGCAGGAGCAGCAGAACUUCCAGGAGACACUGCAGAGCACAUGGCUGUGGCUGAGCAGCGCACAGGAGCGGCUCACUGCUCUCAACAGCACCGGCGGGAAUAAAGAGACACUGGAGAAGAGACUGGCGCUCGUUCAGGACAUCUUGCUGAUGAAGGGUGAAGGGGAGGUGAAGCUAAACAUGACGGUUGGGAAGGGCGAGCAGGUGCUGAAGAACUGCAGUCGAGACAAACAGGAAGUGAUUCGCUCUCAGCUCAAGAGUCUGAAAGAUUCCUGGGCCAAUAUUCUCAUGACCGCCAUGAGCUGCCACAGUCGUCUGGAGUGGACCGUAGCUCAAUGGAGCAGUUUUCAGGAGAGUAAAGCACAGCUCCAGCAGUGGCUGGAGAUGGUGGAGCAGGAGGCAGGAGUGGCUCUACCUCAGCAGCCCGGGCUGAAAGAGAAAGCCGCUCUGCUGGAGAGACUACGGGUCAUUCAGGCAGAUGUGGAGGUCCAUUCGACAGCACUGAGUCGCCUCAAUGAGAAAGCCACAGAGCUGUAUGAGAAGACAGGAGACCAGGCGUUUGCCGAGAGACCAAAAUCUGACUUUAACACACAGUUUACCAACAUCACUGCGGUCAUUAAAAGUAAAGUCCAGCAGAUGGAGGAGAUUGUCAAAGAGCAUGAGCAGUACAUGGAGUCAGUGCGGGACCUGAAUGACUGGCUCACCUCGGCUAAAGAGGAGCUUCAGCGCUGGUCAGACAUGUCUGGAGAUGCAGCUUCUGUUCAGAGGAAACUCUCUAAAGUCAGAGGUCUAUUAGACUCGAGGAAGCAGGGACGUGAGCGUCUGACCCGAGUGCAGAGCUGCGGUGCCGCCACACGUGACCACACAUCUACAGUGGGCUGUGAGGUCCUGGAGCGGGAGGAGGCCGGGCUGCUCUCCGCCUGGGAGCAGUGGGAGCGCGGAGCCAAACACGUGUGCUCGGGUCUGGAGGGUGUUCUGGCUCAGAUGGCAAACUCCGAGCAGGAGUUCAACAGUUUGGCUGCGCAGCUGGAGCAGGACCUGCAGGAGUUCAGCAGCAAACUGCAAGAGUGGCGCAUCAAGCUGCAGCAGGUGGAGGAGAUGAGUGCAGGAGAAGAGGCUGUGCAGGGCUGGCAGAUAGCCAAGGACACCCUGGAAGCUCUGCAGAAUGUGGAGCCCAUGUCUGACAAUCUAAAGUGUCAGCUGAAUGACUUGUGCCGGUUCUCCAGAGAUCUGGGCGCUCAAUCUGAAAGAGUGUCUGCACUCAUUAAAGAAUACAACAGUCUCAGUCUCCAGGCGUCUCGAGAGUGUCAGGGAAAGGAAAAGCUGCUGGAGCAGAGGUUUCGUGCUGCUUUUCGAGACUUCCAGCAGUGGCUGGUCAAUGCCAAAAUCAAUACAGCCAAGUGUUUUGACGUGCCUCAGAAUCUGGCUGAGGCAUCGUCCAGCCUGCAGAAGAUCCAGGAGUUUCUGAGUGACCGAGAGCAAGGCCAGGGUAAACUGAACACAGUGGCGGCAAGUGGAGAGCUGCUGAUGAGCAUCGCUGCUAAAGACAGAGUGGAGUCAGUCAGAGCUAAAAUCAACUCAGCCAGAGAAGACUGGAAAACACUCAUGACCAACCUGCACCAGAGAGAGAACGCCUUACAGAAUCUCCAGGCUCAGAUGCGGGACUUUGAGACAAGCGUGGAGCCCCUUCAGGACUGGCUGAAUGACACUGAAGAAGCCGUUCAGGAGAGCAGCAGUCGACUGCAGGACCUCACAGCUAAGAAACAGGAGCUGCACAGGUUACAGUCUCUGCUAGAGGAAUUAGCCUCUAAGGAGCCUCAGCUGCUCAGGUUGCGGGAGAAGGCCCAGCAGCUGUGGGACGGACACACGGCCGGAAAGGGCUUUGUGCACCGUGUCUCGCAGCUCUCUGCUCAGUACCUAGCUUUAAGCAACCUGACCAAGGAGAAAGCCUCCAGAAUUGAGCGUGUGGUGUCUGAGCACCAGCUGUUCUCUCAGGGCCUGAAGGAGCUGCAGAACUGGGUGUCCGACACCAGUCACAUGCUGCAAACCUACUGCACUCCCACCGCAGACAAAAACGUGCUGGAUAGCAGGAUGAUCAAACUAGAGGCUUUACUUACAGCCCGUCAAGAGAAGGAAAUCCAACUGAAGAUGCUGCUGACCAGAGGAGAGUCUGUCCAAAGGAACACCUCCGCUGAUGGGGUCCCGCUCGUCCGCCAGCAAAUCGAGGACCUCAAGGACUCCUGGGAUGGACUGCUGUCAGCAUCUAUACAAUGCAAAAGUCAACUGGAAGGCGCUCUAUCCCAAUGGACCAGUUACCAGGAGGACGUGCGCCAGUUUGUAAGCUGGAUGGAAACUGUGGAGGAGACUUUAAGCUCAGCGGAUAAACAGUGUUCGGAGAUGAGAGACAAAACCACCAAUCUGGGCAAAGCCAAACUGCUCUUAGAAGACGUUUUGAGUCACAACAGCGUCUUGGACGUCAUAUCCAUGAAGGGAUCCAACAUGGCUGAACACUAUGUCACCCAGCUGGAGAUUCAGGACUUGCAGGAGCGCUACAAUAUUGUCAAAGAUAAAGCUCAGUGUGCGGUUGCUAAAGCGGAGGAGCUGGUUUCGGCUCAUCAGGAGUACCAGCACAGCCUGCAUGAGUUUAAAGACUGGCUAGAUCAGCAGCAGGAGAGACUGAGCUGCUACACACAGCUGGAGGGAGACACCGAGACGCUGGAGGACACACUGCGCAAACUACAGGAGCUGCAGGUUCACUGUACAGAAGGUCAGGCUCUCCUCAACACUCUGCUGGUGAGCAGAGAGCAGGUGAUUCCCUGGGGCGUCCCUCAGCUGGAAGACCGCUGUCUGGAAGGCGUCCAGCAGGAGUGGAGCUCGUAUCAGAGCCGGCUCACUGACACCAGAUCUCAGCUAAACAGCGCUCUGGCUAAACUCCGGCAGAUCGAGCAGAAGUUCCAGCGGCUGGACAACUGGCUGAAGGGGAUGGAGAGUAAAGGCCAGUUACGUACCGGACGCCGCUCCGACAGAGCAACCAAAGAGGCCCAGCUGCAGCUCCUGAAGGGCUGGCAUGAGGAGGUGUUGGUCUACCAGGAGGAGAUCGAGGGUCUUAGUGUUUUGGCCCAGCAGGUUUUAGAGGAGACGCCCAUCAGCAGCAGAGUCAGCACUCGAGCCACACAGCUGACCUCACGCUAUCAUGCACUGCUGCUGCAUCUGCUGGACACUAUUAAGCAGCUAAAGGAGGAAGUGUCCUGCAUUGAGGAAUCUCAGAGUGUGUUCUGCACCUUCUCUGAUUGGUUGAGCACAGCACAGAAGAAUUUCAGUAGCGUGACCACCACCAACAUUGAUGUGGUCGAUCGGGCUGCCAUGGAGAAGAAGAUGAAAAAGCUAGAAGCUCUGCAGGGCGACAUGGAGCUCGGUCACACUUUCCUUAAGACCAUGCGUGAAAAGACGGACCGUGCCAUGAUGUUCCUGGAGGAGCCCGAGGCAGAGCAGCUGAAGGAGGAGGUGGACAGCAGACUCUCUCAGCUGGAGACACUGAUCAGAGCUCUGCGAUCCGAGAUCAGCGCCACCGAGAAAUCCAUACAGCUCUCUAAAGACUUCCUGGACAAGUAUAAGACUCAAACACAGUGGCUUUCAGAGACAAAAUCACUGCUGGCGUCCCCUGUGGAGCCAAAGGCCGAACUCUACCAAAAGAAGGCUCAGUUGGCCAAAUAUAAGACAAUCCAGCAAACCAUCCAGUCCCACGAGUCAGCCGUCAAAUCAGUAAUCGAGAAAGGAGAUGCUCUUCUUGAAACCAUCCGGGACCCGUCCAUCAGCGAGAACAUCGGCAAGCUGAAAACUGACUAUCAAGACUUAUGUGCUGAUGCCAAGGUUCAUGUUCAGAGUUUGACAGAGAGCGUGAGGGAGCAUGAGGACUAUAACAGUGAACUGCAGGAAGUAGAGAAAUGGCUGUUACAGAUGUCAGGCAGACUCGUCACCUCUGAUUCAAUGCAAAGUGGCAACCUGGAGAUGGCCACACAACAGCUAGCCAGACACAAGGCAAUAAUGGAGGAGAUUGCUGGAUUUGAGGAACGGUUGAGCAGUCUGAAGGACAAAGGUGACCAUCUUGUCAGUAGCUGCACAGAGCAAGUCCAGGCCAAGAUCAGUCAGCAGAUCCAGGCCCACCAGCAGGGAACCAGAGACAGUUAUUCAGCUAUCUGCAGCACAGCACAGCGUGUGUAUCAGAGUCUGGACCGUGAGCUCCAGAAGCACGUCAGCCAUCAGGACACCCUCCAGCAGUGUCAGACAUGGCUCUCCUCUGUUAAAGAGGAGAUUCAGAUGCAGCCGCAAACUCCCUAUGGUCUGCAGGAGGCUCUGAAACAGGUGAAACACUUCAGGGCCCUACAGGAGCAGGCCAGCACGUACCUAGAUCUGGUUUGUUCAGUGUGUGAUUUAUCUGAUGAGUCUGUGAGAGCCACAGCUGCCAAAAUACAGCAGACCAAAACAAUGAUUGAGGAGAGGAUGAGCACUUCUCAAGAGCUGUCAGAUAGCUGGAGGGAGAUCAAAGAGCAAAAGCAGGAACUCUCGACACUCUUUCAGGACAUGGAGCAGCAGCUGCAAAGUCUCUCCAGAAGACCCGCUGAGCUGGAGACCAAGAUUGCUCAAAACAUGCUUGAUCAAGCCAGGGAGUUUGGCCAACAGCUUCAAAACAGACAAAGCACUCUGACCAAGAUGACAGAGCUUGUAAGUAAGCUGACAGAGGGCAAGGAGUCUCCUGAGCAUACAGAGAUCGGCCGACUGAGUCACGCGUGGCUGGAACUGUGUCAUCAGGCCAACAAACUCCAAACACAAAGAGAAGAAGAUCUGCAGAGGACUAAAGAGUAUCACGACUGCAUCAGUGCCAUGGAAGCCCUCUUUGAACAGGUGUCAAAGGAAUGGGACAACCUGGCCAGAACUGAUGCUGAAAGUUCAUCUGAUCAUCUGGAGGCUCUUCGGAAGCUCUCAGUUGUUCUUAAAGACAAGAAAAGCACACUUGAGGAUCUCAAAGAGCAGAAGCAAAAAGUAAUGUACCAUCUAAACCUGGAUGACAAAGAGCUGGUAAAGGAGCAGAUAGGCCACUUUGAGCAGCGAUGGGCUCAUCUAGAGAGCCUCAUUGAGAGGAAGAUCCAGGACUCCAUUUUGACACUUGAAGACAUGGGGCAAGUCGAGGCCUGUUUGAGGGAAGCUCGUGAAUGGGCCGAGGAGCAGCAGCCGACUCUGUCUGAAGCCAUGAAGAUGAGUCCCCCACCGGAGCUAGCGCAAAGUUUCCUCUUUGACCAUCUCAGUAUAUGCAGCGAGCUGGAAGCCAAGCAGCUUCUGCUGGCCCAGGCGAUGGGUGAUGCAGACAGAGUUUUAGCACAUCUGGGGCUAAAUGAAAGACAAAGACUGCAGCAGCUUAUCUCAGAGACGCAAGCAGAAGUAGAGUGCUUGAGCGUCAAAGUAGCUCAGCGUAGGAAACACCUUAGCAAGGCUUUCACCGAGAGAACACAGUUCUUGUUGGCUGUGAAUCAAGCGAUUACCUGGGUCCAGCAGAAUGAGAAGAAAGCACAAGCAGAAGAGUACAUAGCCCUUCUUCCUGACGACCUUUCAAAGCAGGUGAGAACAUGCCGGAACAUCCAGAGCAGUUUGAGAGCCUACCAGAGUGAGCUGACCUCCCUGUGGUCACAAGGCAGGGAUCUGAUGAAAGAUGCUUCUGAAGAGGAGAAGACAGAGAUGCUUCAUAAGCUCCAAGAACUGCAAAGUAUCUUUGAGGUUGCCCUGCAGAAGUGUAGCCAGAGGCUUCAGGACCUGGAAAAAGUGUUGGUGACUAGAAAAUACUUUAAGGCAGAUUUGGAGAAGAUAUGCCAAUGGUUGAAACAAGCCGAUAUUGUGACCUUUCCAGAGAUAAACCUCAUGAACGGAGAUGCAGAAUUAUGCUCACAGCUUACAAAAUACCAACAGAUAUUGGAUCAAGCUAUGGAAUUUGAGAACCUCCUGCUAACUGUGCAAAGGACAGGUCAAGAGAUACUUCCCACUCUCAAUGAAGUAGACCACUGUUACUUGGAUGAGAAAUUGAUUGCUCUUCCUCAACAGUACAAUAAUAUCUUGGGACUAGCUAAAGAGAAACAGGAGAAAAUACAGCAAGCCAUUCUUGCCCGACAAGAAUAUGCCUCCUUCAUUGAUGUUACCCACAAAGCACUUAAAGAACUUGAGGAACAGUUUCACAGCUUGGGGACGCAGCCAAUCGGCCUUAAGACUGAGGAAGUUGUAAGCCUUCAAGCUGACUACAAAGCCCUUCUGGAGGAGCUGACCAAUCUUGGGCAAGCUGUCGGUGAACUUAACCAAAAGAAAGAAGGAUUCCGAAGCACCGGUCAACCUUGGAUGCCUGAAGAAAUGACGCAACUGGUUAGCCUUUACAAUGGACUCAAAAGAUUAAUUGAACAGAGGGUAGAACACCUUGACGACACUCUUGAAUCUUUCGAGGACCAUCAAGCCAUGGCUAUGCAGGUUGACUCAGAGCUGAAAGCCACCAAAGAGCAACUGGUGAAAGUCAAUGCCGAGACACAGUCGGCUGAGGAGAGGUUGAAGAAUUAUCAUGCCCUAGCUGCUAGUCUUCAAGGUGCCAGCUCUCACCUCACUCGACUGAUGGAGCAGAUGGAUAACCUGGUAUCCCACAUGGAUACUGCUGCACAUGAGGUUUCAAAACAGCGGGUGACCUCUUGGCAGGAAGAGCUUCGGUCCUUACAGUCAUCUGUUGGAGAGCUUAUUGUGGAGUGUGAGAACAGGUUCGUGCAGAGUAAAGACUUUGAAACUGAAGUCAAUCGGACCUUAACCUGGCUCCAACAAAUCAAAGAUGAACUUGGCUCUGAGGUGGUGGUAGAUGUCAAAGUUGAGAAGGUCCAGGAAGAAAUCCGAAAGCAACAGAUCAUGCAAGAGGAAGUACAAUCAAGGCUGAGGAUAGUGGCAGCUUUGAGUACAAGAGAGAAACAGAAAUACACCAGUGCCAAUGAGCUUGUCCCUGCUCAUGUGGAUUCGAGUCUACAAGAGAUGGCCAAGCUGGAGGCUGAUGUUCAGCGUGCCCUAAGCUCUAAACAGAUUACAUUAGAGCAAGCUCUUGUCUUGUGCCAGAAGUACCACUCCAGAAUGCAAGCAGCAUGUGAGUGGCUUGAGGAUGCUGUGGGCUUUUUGCAGCAGGCCAGUCUUGGGGUGGAUGUAGAGAACUACGAGGAGUGUCUGAGGCAACAAGAGGACAUCAUGGCCACUGAGCAAGAGUUCCUGGGGGUUCUCGAGGAGCUGGAAUCUCUGCCACCGCAACUUGAAAACCUUGUCAACCCUACAGCCAAAGAGCAGCUUCGACUGAGUGUGGAGUCUGCACAGCAAAGAGGUGUGGAGGUCAGAGACCAGCUGCAGUGCCACCAAGACGUCUUAAACAGCUGUGUUGCUCAGUGGAAUUCUUACCAAGAAGCCAGACAGACAGUCAUUGACCUGAUGAAUGAGGUGGAGAAGAAGUUAACAGAGUUUUCCACAGCCAAGGCUGCAACAAACCAGGAAGCUGAAGAGAAACUUAGGAGCCAUAAGUCCUUAGUAUCAAUGGUGAACAGUUUCCAAGAAAAAUUGACCGGUCUGGAGGAGCAAGCAUCCCAGUUAGAGCAGAUUGGAAGUGACGCCAGUAAAGCAACUAUAAGUCGAUCCAUGACCACCGUGUGGCAGCGCUGGACCAGGUUACGCAGUGUAGCACGAGGCCAAGAAAGGGUGCUGGAGGACACGGCCCAUGAAUGGAGGACUUUCAGAGAAAAGAUGAUGAAGGUAAGAUCUCUAACGGAAGAAGUGAAGGGCCGUGUUCCUGAUUGCACCGCUGAAAAAGCCUCCAAAGCCACACUGCAGUCACAUCUGGACCAGUACGAGCUGGUUAGUCAGGAUCUGGAGAGGGAGCUGUCGUCUCUAACUCUCCUGAGACAGUACGCUCUUAGUCUGCUACAUGACGUGGAGGUGUCUGUGCCAACGGCUGAUCAUGAGCAGCUGCCAAGUCUGAAGGAGAUCAAAGCUGUGCAAGAUCAACUGGAGAGUCUCCUGCAGAAGGCCAGGGCAGGAAAAUCUCGGGUUCAGCAGGAGCUGUCAGACAGAGAAGGUGUAGAAAGAGGACUAAGUCUUGUCAAGAGCUGGAUCCAAGACUCCAGAGAGCUCCUGCUGAACCCCACGUCUGACUUGGACAUUCUGUCUCAAGAACUGGAGGUGAUGCACGGAGAGCUGAUCACUCACCGUCAGAAUGUGGACAAACUCGCAGAGCAGCAGCAAAGCAAAUACUUAGACCUGUACACUAUUUUACCAUCUGAGAUCUCAAUGCAGCUUGCUGAAGUAUCUCUGGCGCUGGGAUCCAUUGAGGAUCAGGUUCAAGCCAGGGAGAGAGACAUCCAGAAGUCUAGAGUAAUCAAAGAAGAGUUCAACUCCAGAAUUCAUGAUGUAUCUGAAAAAAUGAAGGCUGUCUCUACUGCUCUAAAGGAAAAGGCAACGGAUAUUGAUCAGGCCAAAGAUGAGGCCAGACGUCUCUGUGAUGAACUUGACUGCUGUGGAAGAACUCUUGCUGAGCUGGAGGCUGCGGUGCAGGAUUUUGGUCGCCGUAACCCUCUGAUAGCCAGACAGCUGGCUGAUGCUAUCGCUAAAUUACGAGAGAUCCAUCAUCACACUCUUCGACUGGCUGAUUAUAAGACUAUAUGGCUAAAGAAGGCUGAUGCACAUCUCGAUGAGUACAAUGAGAUGUUUGAGUUCAUAGUGAAGUGGACAGACCGAGCCAGGAGCCUGGUGAAGGCCAACAUCAUCUGGAACUCUUCCUCACACCUGCAAGAGCAGAUCAGGAUGUAUCAGGCUGUUCUGCGUGAGUCACGUGAGCUUCAUGGUGACCUGGACUCCAUGCAGGAGAAGGUGGAGAUCCUGUCUGAGACACUGCAGGUGGAGGCAAUGGGACAGCAGGUGUCAGAACUGAGCCGUCACACGGAAGAGCUAGAGCAGAGCAUCAGAUCACGACUGCAAAGUCUACAGGAUGCAGCAAAGGAUAUGGAGAAGUUUGAGAGUGAAGUGAAGGUCCUACAUGUGUCUCUGGACCAGGUUCAAGCGACUCUCACGUCUCCUGAACUGGCCCGACUGAGUCUAAAAGAGCAACUUGCUCAAAGACAGCGUUUGCUGGCAGACAUGGAGAGCUUCAAGCAGCAGGUGGAGGCCGUGCAGGAGUGUCAGAGCGCUCUGAGAGUCCCAGAGGAAGUGGUCACCAGUUUGUCCAUCUGUCGCACAGCUCUGAAUCUGCAGCAGGAGGCCAGUCAGCUGCAGCACACCGCCAUCCAGCAGUGCAACAUCCUGCAGGAGGCUGUGGUACAGUAUGAACAAUACGAACAGGAAGUGAAAAACCUGCAAGUUAUGAUUGAAGAUGCUCAUCGGGUCAUUCAGGACCAACCUGUGAACACCAGCAACAUCCAAGAGCUGCAGGCACAAAUUAACCAUCACGAGGAACUGGCUCAGAAAAUCAAGGGCUACCAGGAGCAGAUCGCGUCCCUAAACUCCAAGUGUAAGAUGCUGACGGUGAAAGCCAAACACGCCACCACACUCCUGACAGUGAGUGAAGCAGAGGGACUAACCGAGAGUCUGGAGGAGCUGGAUGGUGAACUCAUUAAAAGAAAAUCACAAGCGCAAGUCUCUAUGUCUGCUGGCCGCAGUCAGUCUCUCCUGUCUCCUGUGACCGAGGAGUCUGGAGAGGAGGGCGCCAGUGAGAUCUGCUCUCCUGCUUUCUGUCCAUCUCCUUCUAGCACUAACACUGAAGCUGUCAUUAGCAAGAUGUCCAUGGGAAGGUCAAGUCUCACCAGAGCGCCGGUCCAGGAGCUGUACAAUCCUGCACUGGAGUCUGUGGCCAGUUUAGAUGAUCUCCAGCGCUCAUGGGAGACCCUGAAAAAUGUGAUAAGUGAAAAGCAGAAGACGCUCUACGAGGCUCUGGAGAAGCAGCAGCGCUAUCAAGGCUCUCUCCAGUCCAUCUCCAGUAAAAUGGAGUCAAUCGAGACCAGAUUAAAUGAGCCACCAAUGCACGAUCUCAGUCCUGACAGACAAAUGAUCCUACAUCAGAAUCAGAUGGAAGAGAUCAUCAGACUGCAGGAUGAUAUCCAUGAGCUCCAGUCGAGCUUUACUGAAGAGCUCUACAAUCCUGAUUCUGUGGAUUCAGACUCUGCCGAUCAGCUGGCCAUGCAGUCCUCGCUCACUGUGCUGGCGGAGAGAAUGGCCACCAUACACAUGAAGGCUUCUGGAAAACGGCAAAUUCUUGAGGAGCGUCAGAGUGAGCGUGUGGAAAAGCAGCAGCAGGCGCAGGCUUUACAGCACUACCUCAACCAGGCAGACCAGCUCGACCAAUGGCUGAAGAGCACUCACGGUUACAUCACUUCCUGCUCUCAGGACUCAGAUGCAGAAGAACAACUCACAGACUGUCAGAACAUGCUGCUGGAGAUGGAGGAGAAGGUGCUGGCUCUCUCCGAGCUGUCCCGGCACAGCGAGAGUCUCCUGCUGGAGGGCCGGCCCGAGAACAGGGAGGACGCCGAGCAGCUGGCCCGGAAACUGCGCACGCUGAAGGGGAGCCUGCUGGAGCUGCAGAGGAUGCUGCAAGACAAGCAGAUCAACCUGCAGGCGACUUUAAUUUGGGAGGAGUUGAAAGGCCCUCAAAGAGCAAGUGAUUCUCUUCAGGAAGCAUCAGACUCGAGUGAAUCAGACUCCACUCUCUCUCAGAGUCCAAACAUGCAGGACUGGCUGGCCCAGGCCCGCACCACACGCAGCCUCCAGCACCAGGACACCCUCCAGAAACAGAAGGAGCUUGAAGAGCAACUCGCAGAGCAGAAGAAGCUGUUGAAGUCUGUAGCGAGUCGUGGAGAGGAGAUUCUCACACAGCAGGCGUCACCCGUCAGAGCCAGCGCGACAGAGACGCUUUCUCCUGAUGUAGAGCUGGAAGGAGACAGUGAGGCUGUGAAAAAGCAGAGGAGAAAGAGAUGGGAAAGCCUGAAGAAAGACAUGACCACCAAAUUACAGCUCCUUAUGAACACCCUGGAGCAGGACAGCAAACAACCGUUUUACUCCAGAACUGCUUGUGUGAAGACAGCAGCUCCAGUUUACAAGAGAGAGACACACGUCCAGGACAAGUCCAACCUGAUGUCCCUGCACAAUGGAUUCAGUCAGACAAUACAGGAAAUGACACCUCAGGCCACAGAGCGAGAGGUCAUUCUGAUGGAGCAGCAGCUUUAUUCAGCCGUCACAGCCACUUCUUCUUGGGUGGAUGAUGUGGAGAACACACUGUUUUCUGGCCCUGCGCUGCUCACGGAGAACGCAGACACACAACUCUCCAACCACGAGACUCUGGGUAAAGAAGUGACGGAGGUGACGCAGGAGGUGGGACACACUCAGGGGUUGAUCAAAGGAUCUGUGGGUCUGUCUGAGGACGAGCAGAGCCUGAUGAAGGACACUCUGGACUGCCUGACCCGACGCCUCGGAGCCCUGGACUCAGCUCUGGACCGCCGCUGUGACUCCAUGCGGAGCAGAAUGAGGGAACUCAGCGCUUUCCAGACGGAGCUGCAGCGUCUCUUUACAGCUCUCAGUGAAAGCAAGUUUCAGAUUAUCCAGAAAAUGGCAGGAGUUCUUGACCACACAACAACUAAACAGAUUGAAACCAUUGCAGAGGCAGAGGAGACACUGAAAGACUUUGAGCACAGAAUAACAGAGCUGAAAGCCAGAGGGGCGGAGCUACAGCCAGACCAGUUCUCCACCAAUGAGCUGCUGAAACUCCAGGAUGCUUAUGAGGAGCUAGUGAUGACGGUGGGCUCGAGGCGGAGUGGACUUAACCAGAAUAUGGCUCUGAAGAAUCAGUAUGAACGAGUUCUGCAAGAUCUGAUUGAUCUGGUGGACACAGCUCAGGAUAAGAUGACAGCUGACCAGAAGAUGAUCGCCGCCUCAGUAGAGGACGUGCACAACCUUCUAGACAAACACAAGGAGUUUUUCCAAGGCUUAGAGUGGCACAUGGUCCUUACCGAGACGUUUUACAAGAAAAGUAGUGCCUUUGUUUUGCCGCGUGAGCGUCAGACUCUUGAAGAGACGCUGGCUCGUGCUCAGGAUGUGCUGAAACAAGCGCAUAAAAAAGGAGUUGAGCUGGAGUGCGUCUCUGAGACAUGGAGUCGUCUAGUUUUGGACUAUCAGACACUGUACCGACUGCUAGAGGUUGUGGAGGGGAGUCUGCCGAGCGUCGGACUGGUGGAAGAGACAGAGGAGAGACUUAAUGAAAGAAUACAGCUAUAUCAGGCUCUAAGAUCCAGUCUAACGGAGCACCAACACAAGCUCCAUCAGGUUCUGGAGGAGGGAAAACAUCUUCUGUCGUAUGUGAGCUGCUCGAGUCUGGAGAACCAGCUGACGGUUUUAGGAGAACACUGGCUCAACAACACGACUAAAGUCAACAAGGAGCUGCAGAACCUCCAGUCCAUGUUGAAGCAUUUAACCAGGUAUAAGAGUGAGUCUGGUGAACUGAGCCGCUGGUUACUGGAGGCUUUGGAGCGUUUGGAGUUCUGGAACACACAGUUUGUUGCAGGACCUCAGGAGCUGGAGACUGUUAAAGGCCAGCUGUCGGCUUUUCUGGAGUUCAGCAAAGAGGUGGAGGCUCGCUCCAAUCUCAAGGCCUCAGUGCUGAAUGAGGGAAACCAGCUUCUCAGGCUGAAAAAGAUGGACACGGCGUCUUUGCGGGCUGAACUGGCCUGUCUGGACUCUCAGUGGUCUGAACUGCUUUCCCGCAUUCCCAUAGUUCAAGAGAAACUCCACCAGUCUCAGAUGGAUAAGCUGGCAUCCCGUCAUGCUAUAACAGAGCUGGUCAACUGGAUUUCGCUGAUGGAGAGAGUGAUAGAAGAGGAUGAGGAGAAUCUGAAAGGGGCUGUCGGGUCAAAGGUCAUUCAAGAGUACCUGCAGCGAUAUAAGGGCUUCAGGGUGGAUGUGAACUGCAAACAGCUCACUGUGGACUUUGUUAACCAGUCAGUGCUCCAGAUCAGCGGUGCGGACGUCGAGAGCAAGCGCAGUGAUAAAACUGAUUUUGCUGAAAAACUGGGCGCCAUGAACUGCCACUGGCAGAUCCUGCAGACACGCAUCACAGAGAGGGUGCAGUAUCUGGAAGGCUUGUUGACAUCUUGGGUGGAAUAUGAGGGUAAGGUUCAGGGUCUGCAGGCGUGGCUGGAUGCUCAAGAAGAAAGGCUCAAGAGGAAACACAGGAUUGAGAACUUAUCUUCUGUGCAAAAUGCACUCAAAGACUGCCAGGAGAUGGAGGUGAUGGUGAAGGAGAAAGAGAGAGAGCUGGAGAGAGUGGAGGAACAGGCCUGUGCUCUCGUCCAAAACAAGACGGACGAGGCCUGUGCUGUCGUGAUGGAGUCUCUACGAGCCCUCAACAACACAUGGGCCAAUCUGGACCACCUGAUCGGGCAGCUCAAGAUCAGCCUGAAGUCUGUCCAGGACAAGUGGAAUCAAUACAAACAAGCGUCUGAGGAGAUUAACGGGUACCUGACGGAGGGCCGCUACUCUGUGUCCCGCUACCGUCUGCUCACGGGCUCUCUGGAGGCGUCACGACUGCAGGUGGAGAGUCUGCAGAACCUGCAGGAGGAGCUUGAGAAACAGGAAAGCAGCAUGAGAAAGUUUGGAUCGGUCACACUUCAGCUUCUGGAGGAGUGUCACCCGUCUGUGUCUGACACACUCAAUAACACACUCAAAGACAUCAAUGCUAGGUGGAGCAGUCUACAGGAGGAGAUCGUGGAGCGUCUGAAGAGCAGUAAAGCUCUCCUGCAGCUCUGGCAGAGCUAUAAAGAUCUUUAUGGACAGAGCGACUCCAGCGUUCAGACACUGGAGGAGAAAGCCAACCAGAUGCUAAAGACAGCUAGCCAUAAAGACAUCACAGAGGAGGAGGUGUCUGCCUGGAUUCAAGACUGUGCUGAGCUACUGCGCUCUCAGGCUCCGGUUCAGGCGUCUCUGCAGGUUUUAAUGGAGUUAGGAGAACAGCUCAAGCAGCAGGUGGACACAUCCGCUGUGGCCUCCAUCCAGUCAGACCACCUAUCUCUCACCCAGCGCCUCAGUGUGGUGGAGCAGAGCCUGAGUCGACAGCAGGUGGCGCUGCAGGCUGGAGUUCGGGACUAUGAGACGUUUAAUGAGCAGCUGGACUCUCUGUCCCGCUGGAUUGUGGAAGCUGAGGAGGUUCUGAAAGGACAAGAUCCCAAUGGAUCAUCUGACCAGUCACUGAUCCAAGACCGCAUGGAGGAUCUAAAGAAACAGAUGCUAAAGUUCAGCAGUAUGGCUCCUGAUCUGGAGAGACUGAAUGAACUGGGUUACAGACUCCCACUGAACGACUCUGAGAUCAAGCGCAUGCAGAACCUCAACAGAAGCUGGUCCACAACUUCAGCUCAGACCACCGAGAGAUUCUGUAAACUUCAGGCGCUGCUUCUCCAGCAGCAGACAUUUCUGGAGAAGUGUGAGACAUGGAUGGAGUUCUUGGUGCAGACGGAGGAGAAACUGGCCGUGGAGAUUUCCGGAAACUUCCAGAGCCUGAUGGAGCAGCAGAGAGCUCAUGAGCUGUUUCAGGCCGAGAUGUUCAGCAGACAGCAGAUCCUUCACUCCAUCAUCAGUGAUGGACAACACAUGCUGGAGCAGGGACAGGUGGAUGACAGAGAUGAGUUCAAGCUGAAGCUGGCUCUGCUCAGUAACCAGUGGCAGGGUGUGGUGAGACGGGCACAGCAGCGACGGGGCAUCAUCGACAGUCUCCUGCGCCAGUGGCAGCGCUACCGGGAGAUGGUGGAAAAGCUUCGCAAGUGGCUGCUGGAGGUCAACCAUCAGACCCAGAGCCUGCAGGCGGGGACACCAGUGCCACUGCAGCAGGCACGAGCCAUGCUGGAUGCAGUUCAGCUCAGAGAGAAGGUUCUGCUGAGACAGCAGGGAAGUUACAUUUUGACAGUGGAGGCCGGCCGACAACUGCUUCUGUCUGCUGAUUCUCGAGCUGAAGCCGUUCUACAAGAGGAGCUGCUCAACAUUCAGGAGCGCUGGAGAAAUGCCAACAUCCGCCUGGACGAGCAGAAGAAGGAACUGGCCGUCCUGCUCAGGGAUUGGGAGAGAUGUGAGAAAGGAAUCGGAGGAUCUCUGGAGAAGCUGAGAGCUUUUAAACGACAGCUUUCACAGCCGCUGCCAGAUCGCCACGAGGAGCUGCAGGCGGAACAGAUGCGCUGCAAGGAUCUGGACAGCAUGUUUGACGGCUGGAAGGAGGAUUUGACACAUCUGACGGUGCUGAGAGAGUCUCUGUCCAGCUACAUCAGUCUGGAUGAUCUACGUGUGCUGCAGGAACGCAUCGAGCUGCUGCACCGCCAGUGGGAGGAGAUCUGUCACCAGCUGUCUCUGCGCAGACAGCAGGUGAGCGAGAAGAUGAAUGAAUGGGCCAUCUUCAAUAACAAAUACAAGGAGCUGUGUGAAUGGCUGACACAAAUGGAAAGCAAAGUGUCCCACAAUGGAGACGUCAGCAUCGAAGAGAUGAUUGAGAAACUGCGCAAGGACUAUCAGGAGGAGGUGUCUGCGGCUCAGGAGAACAAGCUCGAACUCCAGCAUCUGGGUGAACGAUUAGCUCGAGCCAGUCAUGAGACCAAAGCCUCUGACAUUGAACACAAACUUAGCAAAGUCAACGAGCGCUGGCAGCACCUGCUCGACCUCAUAGGAGCCAGGGUGAAGAAGCUGCGGGAGACUUUGGUGGCCGUUCAGCAGCUGGAUAAGAACAUGAACAGUCUGCGCUCUUGGCUUGCUCACAUCGAGACUGAACUGUCUCGUCCCAUCGUCUACGACACCUGCGACUACCAGGAGAUCCAGAGGAAACUCGAUCUGCAGCAGGAGCUGCAGAGAGACAUUGAGAAGCACAGCACUGGUGUGGCGUCUGUGCUGAAUCUGUGUGAGGUUUUACUGCACGACUGCGACGCCUGCGCGACAGAUGCGGAGUGCGACUCCAUCCAGCAGGCAACACGCAGCCUGGACCGCCGCUGGAGGAGCAUCUGCGCCAUGUCCAUGGAGAGGAGAAUCCGGAUUGAGGAGACGUGGCGUCUCUGGCAGAAGUUUCUGGAUGAUUACUCUCAUUUCGAGGAGUGGCUGAUGUUGUCGGAGAAAACAGCCGCUUUGCCAAACUCUUCAGGUGUCCUUUACACUAUUGCCAAAGAGGAGCUCAAGAAAUUCGAGACGUUCCAGCGGCAUGUGCAUGAAAGUUUGACACAGUUGGAGCUGAUCAACAAACAGUAUCAGCGACUGGCACGUGAGAAUCGCACCGAUGCAGCCUGUAGUCUGAGAGAAAUGGCCCACAAUGCCAAUCAGCGCUGGGAUAACCUGCAGAGAAGAGUGUCAUCCGUCCUCCGGAGACUGAAGCACUUUAUCAGUCAGAGAGAGGAGUUUGAGACGGCGCGGGACUGCAUCCUGGUCUGGCUGACGGAGAUGGACCUGCAGCUUACCAACAUUGAGCAUUUCUCUGAGUGUGAUGUCCAGGCCAAAAUCAAACAGCUCAGGGCGUUCCAGCAGGAGAUCACACUGAACACGGGCAAGAUCGACCACAUAUUCCUGCAGGGUGAAGCUCUUCUGGAGAAAAGUGAGCCGAUCGAUGCUGCUGUGAUCGAGGAGGAGCUGGAGGAGCUGCAGAGAUACUGCCAGGAGGUGUUUGGACGUGUGGAACGAUACUACAAGAAACUUAUACGAUUACCGCUGACGGACGAUGAGCAUGACGUCUCGUUCUCAGACCGGGAGUUUGAUCUGGAUGAAGCUGCUGACGUGUCCAGCUUCCCCUGGAGCGAGCGUUUGGGGGAUGGUUUUCUGUCUCCUCUGCCAUCCUCCAGCCGAUCUGCUCCGCUGCGGGCCGAACGCUCUGGUCGGGACACUCCGGCCAGCGUCGACUCCAUCCCACUGGAGUGGGACCACGAUUAUGACCUGAGCCGUGGUCUGGAGAGCGCCAGCAGGGCCCUCUCCUCUUCCGAAACAGGAGAUCAGGCAGAGGAUGAUGGGUACCUGCAGGGCUCAGCAUCUGCACUCUCAGAUGUAGUGAUUCCAGAGAGCCCUGAGGCGUUUCUAAAGCUUACUGAGCAAACUCUGAGAUCCAGCGCUGGUGACGCCGGAUCUCUGGAGACUCACAUCCGACAGCUGGAUAAAGCUCUGAACACCAGCUGUUUCCACCUGCAGCAGACGGAGAACAUCAUACGCAGCCGAACGCCCACCGGCCCCGAGCUGGACGCCACAUACAUGGGUUAUAUGCGUCUCCUUGAAGAAUGUCGUGGCAGUAUUGAUGCUGUAAAGCGGGUGGGAUUUGAGCUGAAAGAUGAAGACGACAAGAUAUCAGGCUUCGUCAAUCCCAACAGCUCAGAGUCCCAAACAUCAGGAGUGAUCGAGCGCUGGGAGCUUCUGCAGGCUCAGGCUCUCAGUAAAGAGAUGCGCAUGAAGCAGAACAUGCAGCAGUGGCAGCAGUUCAACUCCGACCUGAGCAGCAUCUGCAGCUGGCUGGACCAGACAGAAGAAGAGCUGCAGCAGGAGCGGGGACUGGACCUCGGAACAGAUAUACAGACCAUUGAGCUGCGCAUCAAGAAGCUUAAGGAGCUGCAGAAAGCUCUGGAUAAGCGUAAGGCCAUCGUUCUGUCCAUAAACCUCUGCAGUGCUGAGUUUGUGCAGUCAGACAGCGAGGAGGCUCGAGAACUGCAGAGGCGGCUGAAGGAGAUGAACAACCGCUGGGAGAAACUCAGCAGCUCUCUGGACGAGUGGAGGACUGCGCUCCAGCAUGCACUCAUGCAGUGCCAGGAUUUCCAUGAGAUGAGUCACGGUCUGCUUCUGUGGCUGGAGAACAUCGAUCGCAGGAGAAAUGAGAUCGUCCCGAUUGACCACACUCAGGACAGCGACACCCUACAAGAGCAUCACAAAACACUGCUGCAAAUCCGACGGGAGCUGCUGGAUACGCAGGUGAAGGUGGCGUCUCUGCAGGACAUGUCCCUUCAGCUGCUGGUUCACUCUGAGGGCAGCGACUGUCUGGAGGCCAAAGAGAAGGUGCAUGUGAUCGGGAACAGACUCAAACUGUUGCUGAAGGGGGUGACCAGAGACAUCCGAGAACUGCAGAAAACACUGGACAUCAGCAGCAGUCAGCAGGAUUUAUCCUCCUGGUCAUCUGCUGAUGAUCUGGAUACAUCUGGAUCUCUGAGCCCUGUGUCUGGACGCAGCACACCGAGCCGCCAGCGACCGCCACGGGGCAAAAGUAGUGUGUCAGAGCCUGGAGCCUGUGUGAGCAGUCUACUUCACAGCAGGUCUCUCAACGCCGCUGGAUCCGCUUUCUCCCAUUCUGAAGAUGAAGAGCGGCCAUCUUGGUGCAGAAGCUUCCUGAAGCGGGUCUUCUGGGCCGCGCUGCCCCUGCAGAUCAUCCUGCUGCUGGUGCUGAUUGUGGCCUGUCUUGUGCCUACGUCUGAGGAUGGCUACAGCUGUGCCCAACUCAACAACUUCGCCCGCUCCUUCCACCCAAUGCUCAGCUACACCAACGGCCCUCCGCCAAUAUGAGCCAAUAUGAUGGGUUUCUCGAAAUUGACAACUGCCAAAAAUGGAGGUUGGCAGCCAAAGUGAAUUAUUACGGUGUCCUUGUACAGCUGCUAAUCUUACCGUCAUCAAAAGUCUUGUGUAGAUGUUAGAACAAAGCCUAUUGCACUGAAAUCUGCUGUGUUAGUGCUACUGAUGUUCUUCCAUAUUUUGAUAUUAAGGAGGAAGCUAGAGCGUAACUCAACACUGGUAUUGUUACUGUAAAGGCACUUUCAGUCUUUCUUAAUCAUAAAAAAACGAAAACAAAAACUGAAAUGUGCGUGCGUCUUUCAGUAUACUUGUAAAAAAGAGAAAAUGAAAAAUAUAUGAACUCUAUAUUGCAAUUAUUUUUUAUAUGUAUUUUUGGCAUGUGGUCAUCCUUUGGUUUUAAAAAACGCUCAUUGAUUUUAUCGAAUUUGUUGUCGGUUUUUAAUUUUUGAUCUUAACUAAUCUGCUGUAACGUUGAGUUUAAUUGUGUCACGAUACUAUACUUUACUCUAUGUAAACCACUGAUGUCGAAGAAAAGGAUAUUUAUGUAUGUACAGAGUUUGCUGAGGCCUAAGAAACCUUCGCAAUGAAAACAUAUAUGAUAUAUACACAUAACCUAAUGAUUCAUAUUUUUCAUUACGAUUAAAGAUUGAAUGACAAUAACUGUU